CACAGUUCACGGCCUUCAUGUUCCAGACUGCACGUAAACACAAGCGUGUGGAGUCUGGAUAUGCACAGAGAUGAGUGCCGGCCUUCAGGGCUUGCUGACAGCCCCCUAUCAUUCUGCUGGAUCAUAGAAACAGAGGAAAACAAUGCUGAAUCCACGUCGAGAAUGACCGACAGACAGCAAUGCGACAUCUGCGCACCGUCCCUAGAAAGACGCAUCAAGAUGGAGCAGUCCUGGCAGCUGUGGCAGGCGUUCCUGGAUGACUAUUCGCGGUUCAAUGACUGGAUGCGCUGGGCUGAAGCCGUGGCGAAGGAGCCUCAGUCCUCUCAGGUUCUGUACACCGAAGCGAAGGAGGAGCUGAAGAGAUUUGAGAGUCUCCGGAAGCAGGCGGAAGAGUAUGUGAUCCGACUGGAGUCUAUAAACAGACGCUACAGGCGACUGGCCAAGGAGCAAUGGAUACGAUUGGCUGGCCAGCUGAGAGGAAUGGUGCACGAUGGGAACCAGAGGUGGGACAACCUGCAGAGAAGAGUUGGCAUCAUCUGCAAAAGGCUGAAGUAUUUUGUGACUCAGAGAGAAGAGUUUGAGGCCGAGCGAGAGAAUCUGUGGCUGCAGCUCAUGGAGUUGGACAUUCAGCGCACCGAACUGGAAUAUUUCUCCCAAGGAGAGGCAACAGAAAAGCUCAUCCGGCUGCAGGUCUUCCAGCAAAUGAUCACCUGCAUCUCCGACAAGACGGACGAGCUGCUGAUGGCAGCAGAGGUCCUACUCCAGAAGAGCGAGUCCCAGGACAGUGUGACAAUCGAAGACGAGGUUUGGGAUCUCCUCCAGUUCCAGCAGGAUGUGUUUGGACAAGUGAGCCGGUUCCACAAGCGAUGCCACAGCGCAGCGCAGGUGUUUGAUGAAUGGGAAUUGGCCAACCAAGGGGGAAGUGAGCCCGAUCGUCACUGUCACACUAUCCUGGCGGAACAGAGAGCCGAGGAUUGUGGGAGCUCAUUGGUGCAGCACCUACUUUGUGAAGGGGCUCCAAGUGACCAUCAGUCUGGCCGUUCAAGUCCGAGCAGUGUCGACUCCUUAUCUCUGGAGUGGGACUCGUAUGUGGAUAUCGAAGAGACAAUGACACAUGAGGGCAAUGUUUCCUUUCACCAUUCAGUGCUUGAUAAGCCCGAUGACCUGAACGAGAAAGGCAGAGUGUCGGGUUGGAGGAGAAAUCGACCGACCCAUCGCAGAGUGAAAAGUGACUCCAACAUACUGCAACAGGUGGACGUGGCCUGUCAGUGCGACAUUGAGGUUAACCCGAUAUUGGGUGACCCAGGUCCUCUGUUUGACACCGAGAUGCAAGCAGUCAGCGACAGGCUCCCUCAGGAUGUUGCUGGUGAUGAACAGACAAUCGCAGAAACACUGAGGAAGACCAACGGACACUGUUGGAUGUGGCAAAAUUUGUACUGGGAACAAACGAAAGGACGAGUCCACUCGGACUGGCUUCAGAGUCAGAGUCUGGGCCCCCAGGCAAGGGCCGGAGGCAUGGAGCAGUGGCUGCAGAUGUUGGAGCCCAAACAGAAGCUGUGUGUGACAGAAGCAACUACGCUGGGAGUGACUGCAGAAGUUAACCGGCUGCUGCACGUUCCAUCUACUCCUUUGGCGGGGAAAGAUUUGCCCUAUGUCCAUCCUGUCCACUCCCUCCAGCACCUACUCGUUGCCAUUAUUCUGUUGCUGGUACUUGUGCUGAUGGUUGUCCUCCUCUUUGUGCUUCCUGCUGUGAUACAGGAGUGUAACUGGCACCGGAGAAAUACCUUUCAACCAUUUCAUUUCACGCUGACCUACAUUAAUGGCCCACCACCAACGUAACUGGAGAAUUUUAGACCUUCCACCCACCCAGAGCCCGAUGGCAGAAUGAGGGUCAAUGACUGAAGAAUCUGCUCUCAAUGUGAACAUUGCAGCUGAGCACUGACUCCUGUCUGAGGCGCUCGAGCAGAGUGUGGCCCAACCUUCGAGUGAGCGUCCAGUUCAGGAUCACAGAUUCAUUCUCCAGGGUCACAGACGAGAACCAGGCUGAAAUGGGCUGGAUUAGGCCAGGUCCUGGCCGGAUAUUGGGACUGAGGCCAGCAAUGUGUGGAUCCGGAAUGUCAUGUAUUGUUCCCUCCCCCAGUGUCCGGCUGACCUGCUGAUUUUCACCACCAUUUGGUCUUUUGUUUCAGAGUUACCUUCAGUGAGUCAACGCAAGAGCGGCAUCGGCGGAGUGGCAUGCCCCACCACUUCAGAGGAACAAUUGCAGAGUAUCCCCCCCCCAACCCCUAGAGUACCAAACCCCACAGUGACUUGCCCAUUUACUGAUUCCAGGGUAACGAUCCCACACUAACAAUUCCCAUAGUGACUCCCUCCAGAGUAACACUUCCCUGAGUGCUACUCUGAGUCAUGCCCCCAAAGUAAAUGCCCGUCUUCCCAUCGAGUGAACUCUCCUCCACGGGGUGACACCAAAUUACUAAUCUGAGCAGCUCGCUGGCAAAGUGACUGACGACCCUGUUUGGGGAGAUGGUAGCUCAAAGUCUCCAGUGGCUGAGCCCCUGAGUAUAUUCAAUAUUUCACAAAUCUAGCC